GACCUAACCCCAAUAUAAUCAAUCAAAUAAUAAUCAUUUAAAUAAAAUUAAUGACCCACCACCAUAAAUAUCUCUCAAUUAUCUAAUAAUUCUUGAUCCACAACCACAUCACAAAGAAUUGGCAGCACAUUUUCCAUCAAGAAAAAAGAAAUGGGGGUAACAUGGAAGGAAGAACACCUAGAUUUUGUUCUAGUCCCGAGCGGUCUACUUAUCAUGCUCGGUUACCAUCUCCUACAUCUACACAGAUGCAUCAACCGUGCGGAAUCCACGGUCAUCGGUUACGAGAAUUACAACAGAAGGGCUUGGGUAACAAGAAUCUUGCAGCUAGAACCUAAAGAGAGAGGGCAAGCAAUUACCGUGAUCGGGGGCAAUAUAUCAGCAGCAACUUCAUUUGCGUCGGUCUCUCUUACUCUGAGCUCUUUGAUCGGAGCGUGGAUCGGAAACGCGUACCACAACGAAUCCAUCUCCACCAGAAUAUACGGAAACACGAGCCCCACGAUAAUAUACCUCAAAUACGUAUCUCUUCUGUCUUGCUUCAUGAUCGCAUUCGCUUGCUUCGUUCAGGCAGCAAGGAGUUUGGUGCACGCCAAUUUCCUAAUCAGCAUGCCGAACUGCGAGAUGCCUGUGAGCAACGUCGAGAGCGCUGUAAUAAGAGGGAGUAAUUUCUGGGUGAUCGGUCUCAGAUCGCUCUAUUUCUUUUUUUUCACCAAAUUCAUCACCCCUGCCGCAGUACGACCCACCGCCUGUGGUUUGUUAUGGGGCCGCCUCUGA